UCUGUCAAAAUUAAAAACAACACCAUGGCGCAAUAGUUGUCAGUGAAAUUUUGGAAAACAGUAAAACUAAUUUUAUCCAAAUAAGUUACGUCUUCAAUUGGUUUUUAUUAAAAAUAUGAAGGAUUUAUUUAUUCAGAUUUAAUGCACAUCUGAUACAAUAUUAAAAAAAAUAAGUAAACAUGGCUAGCUCAAUCAUUUUAGCCGGUCUGGGAAUGGCUGCAGUCGGAUUUGCCGGUCGAUACAUAAUCAGGCAGGUGCCCAAUGCUUCAACAAAGUUUGCAGAAGCCGUCAAAAAUUUACCAAAAUUUGAUGCUGAAUCAUUAGCUACCUCUAAAUACUACAAAGGUGGUUUCGAAUCCAAAAUGACUAAAAGAGAAGCUGCGUUAAUAUUAGGAGUUAGUCCUACUGCAAACAAAGCAAAGAUAAGAGAUGCCCACAGAAAAAUUAUGUUAUUGAAUCAUCCAGAUAGAGGGGGAUCACCCUUAAUUGCUGCAAAAAUCAAUGAGGCCAAGGAUGUUCUAGAAAGUGGAAAAUCAUAAAACAUAUUGCAUAGACAUAAUUUGUAGCUGUUAAUUUAGUGAUUGAAUAGAUCCCCAGCAAUCAUCUGUAAAUACAAAAAA